GUGGCAGGCCUGCGGGGCACGUACCUGUUCCGCUCGCCCGGGCAGGGGGGCGACUUCCAGGAGCUCUGCGCCGGCUGUGGGGACGGCCUCGGCACCUGCGCGAAGCUCCUGCUUGACGGCACGGGCCGCGUCCGCGCCCCGCUGAACGCGGUGGUCAGCGCCAAGGCUCACUCCUACGGCCUGCUGUUCUUGGAGGAGGUCGGCGUUUCGCGCUCGCACCGCGGCUGUGACGUGGGCCUGGAACUCGCCUCGCAGCUGCUCCAGCGCCUCGCGGGGCCGAUGAAACGCCUCACCCUGGCGCUCUGCAGGCUGCCCCGCGAGACGGCGCCGCAGCCGCCGCGGCUGCAGCGGCACUGGUCGCGCCUGGGCUUCCGGCGGGCGACUCCCGGCCCGCCCCUCCUCUUGCCGCAGAUGCCCAGAGGCUGGCCGCCAGCACCGACAUCGGCGGCUGCCUCCACGGAGGGGAGGUGGUCCUGA